AUUCUUAUGCUCCACUCUUCGGCAGAGGUUAACUUUGCUGCGGUGAUCGCGUCGCCAAGCGUUCGUCUUUCGGCUGCAUUCGUUGGCAGCACGUAAGAUAAGCAUUGCGAACUGUGCAUAUACUGCUAUAUAGUGUCAUAUUUUACACAGAGAGCCUGUACAACAGAAAGUGAAAGUGAUAAAUAUCUAAAAGGAAGAUGCCGCCUUACGAUUACCGUACUUUCAGUAAGGUAAUCAUAAGGCGGCAUCGUCCUUUUAGAUACCAUCCACGCUGGAAGCGGUUUUGACAUGAAAGGCAUCGCUUGCAGCAUGGAUGGUGAGAAGGCGCGUGGGGUUCACUCUUUGACUGCGUGCCUUUAAAGAAGGUUCUAGCUUGGAACGGAGGCAAGACGACAAUAGUAUUGCUUUUCCGAGAGCGGCCGACGUGAUGGAAGAAAGACGACGAAGUGGCCGUGCCAGUGCUUCCACACCUGAAGCUUCUACCUCUGAAGGAAGUCAACUACCUGCGUGUUUACUUGGCCCUACGGAUUGCCACAAGACAACGCAGUCAAAGCAACAACAAAUAUUUAAAGUGCAAGAUCUCAGUGAAGUAUAUCGUCGUCUCUUGAGAAUGCGGUGCAAACGUACGCAAGACAUCUCUACCGUGUGCUCCCAUCACUAUACCAUGUUCGUGAAACGGUACACAACUCAUAUGGCGUCCAAGUGGUGCUCUAAUCCAUUCCUCGUGCAUGUAAAAAAUGUGCGUGGUACAUGCAUUAUUACCACAACUUUGGCUGACCUCCAACCUACGCUGGGACUCAUUCCUGGGGAGAGGUUAUGCGUGACGUGCAAGCGCAAGUGCUACACUACGCCGAAAGCUACAAGCUCUGAAUGUGCUCUCCAGGAAAGUGGAGCUGACUCUGAUCCCAGUGAGCCAGAAGUCGCGACUGAAGACCUGAAUGAGACGCUGGCUGCCAUAGGGGUGAGUCCUUUAAAAAGAAAGCGUGGAAGAAAGGCUCGACAGACCUACGCAAGGAAGGAGGUCAAACGGCUCCAGAAAAGCACCGAAAAGGCAGUGUAUUCACACCUGGGCCUUCAACAGCCAUCAACAUCUGCUGAACCUCAAAGCGAUGAGUUUUCAAUUGAUGACUACAUAACUCUUAUGAAACAGUUGAAAGAAAAAUACGACAAUGCAAGAGGACGGCUCAGAAAAAUACAGAUUUUGACACUAGCCCCAAUUUCAUGGUCCCGGGAAAAAGUUGUGAAUUACUUCGGAGCAUCGGAGCGAGAGGCACGCGAAGCGAUUCGUAUCAGAGCAAAGGACGUGUUCUUGGCACGCCGUCAAGAAAAACGGGACGCCCCAUCAAGGAAGAAGUCAAACUUUCAGUCAAGAAGACGAUUUGGUUUCAUACUGUCUACCAGGAAAAAAAGACUUCAUCCGCGGUCAACAAAAAUGACUGCUUUUGCUGAAUUUGCAAUAACUUUACGAGGAAUGGAAAAAAAGUUGCAAUCUCAAAUGCGGAUUCUUUUCAUUCGCAAGUUUGCGUCCACCUCACUGCGUUUUGGCCAGAGGAAGUGGCACCCACACAGUUUGCGUGUGCAUGGCGCACCAGAACUUCAAACUGGUGCUCAAUGCCACAGGCUUCACGCAAACAACAGAAGAAUUGUUGUCAACAAUUGUAUGCCAGACUGAAAAUGAAGACUGCAUGCGCGGCUGCUGUCUUGUGUGCCCAGGCAGCGACGCCCUCAAGAGCAUGCUGGAGAACGCACCAUCCCUAGAUACAGAUAAGGGUGACUACCUCCAUGUUCAGCAAUGGAUCAGUAGUAUCCGCUGCAGGCUCGAAACAAUUAUCUUAAGCCCAGCAGAAUAUUCUGAGAAGUUUUUAGACAUGCUACAAGAACUAAAGUUGCAACACUUUGUGAGUAAACAGCAAGCAAAAUAUUUAAGAGAGCUAAAAACGAACCUAAAGAGCGACGAGUUGAUUCUUCAAUUGGACUUCACUGAGAAUUAUAGUUUCCUGGUGCAAGAUGCUCCCCAAUCAUACCACUGGGUAAAUACACAAGCCACAUUGCAUCCCUUCGUCGCAUACCAUCGCUGCAAAGAAACUGGUUCCCUUCAGGCAAAAUCACUUGUGAUUUCAGACUGUCUCGAACACACUACAGCUGCAGUGGCUACAUUUCAAGGUGAAGUACUCAAAGUUCUAAAACAUGAACUUCCCGAUGUUAAAAAAGUUCACUACUUUUCUGACGGUGCAUCGUCGCAGUACAAAAACAAGAAAAAUUUUGUAAACUUGUGCUACCACGAAAAAGACUUUAGUUUAGCGUCAGAGUGGAACUUUUUCGCAACCUCUCAUGGCAAGAGCGCUUGCGAUGGCGUUGGCGGCACCGUGAAGCGACUGGCAGCCAGGGCAAGUCUUCAGAGACCCUACAAGGGACAUAUCCUUACACCCCAUGAGCUUUUUACAUGGGCAGAAAAAAAUAUCAAAGGUAUAUGUGUACUCUGGGUGCCAGAGAGAAGGGUUGAAGAAAAGUAAGUUGAGCUCUCAGCAAGGUUUGAGUCAACAAUCUCCCUCAAAGGUAUGCGCACGUUUCACCAUUUUGUGCCAUCAUCACUGACCACUGUUAAUGCUGGGCUCACCUCCUACUCAGCAACACAGUCAUUUCAAGUGGCAAAGACCAUACGUCGGCAGCGGCAAAAGGAACUGCAACCUCCGCAAAGAUUGAAAACCGGGACAACAACCCAAGUUUUGCAUGUGCCGUACGUGCGCUUGUAGUGAGGUGACAGUGAAAUAGUGCUCCGCUCCGACAACUAACCGGCAGCGUUUGGUGCCCUUCCGAAACCUCCUGCCAGCCAUCUACACUGUUAGCAAGUUUUUAGCAGUGUGAAAACACAGAGGAGCAUACGAUCUUGCAACCCGUGUGGUCGCCGCAUAUUUCCGUUGCCCCAAGGAAGCGUGGCGGCGCAGUGAAGCGGACUUACGGGCCGGCGCCCUGGGACGCGGCGAAUGUUCAACGUAAA